AUGGCGGGAGCGGCUGGUGCUAUGAUUAUGCGCCGCGCCGAUCUAUCAAUGAGAGCCAGUACGUCUGUCGGUCAGCACAUAACAGCCAAUGCCGAUGAGCUCAUAGCAAACUUCCGGUCCUUCGUGAAGGCUGAAAUCACGACGAUUCCCGAGGAUUUAGGUAAUAUGGAUGAAGUACCGGUGACUUUUGAUAUGCCGGGGCGUUAUACAGUUGAUAUACGCGGAACGCAGGACGUCGGUAUAGCAGGAACUGGUAGCGAGAAAACUAAUUUCACUGUAGUUCUUGGGGUCACGGCCGAUGGCAUUUGCCCGCCUAUGGUGAUCUUCAAACGAAAAUCUGUUCCUAAAGACACACCACCCAGAAUUAUACUUAAGGCCAACGCCCACGGAUGGAUGAACGAGGAACUAAUGCAUGACUGGGUUGAAGAGUGGAUGGGCAGUGAGCAUCCUGCAAAGUCGCCAGAGAAAGCCUUGCUUAUACUUGACGCGGCAUGCUGCCACAUUACGAUGGAGGCAAAGAAAGCCAUUCAGAAGCGAGCGAAAAUUGCUGUCAUGCCAGGAGGGCUUACGAAGUACCUGCAGCCACUAGACAUUUCCGUGAAUAACUCGUUCAAAGCCAAGUUGAGAAACAGAUGGGAAGAAUGGAUGAUAAUGGACGACGCCAAACAUAGCUAUACCAAGCAAGGGCACAUGCGGCAUGCUACAUAUCGAGAAGUUUGCUUAUGGGUAUUGCAAAGCAUUCAGGAAGUCACUGCUCAAUGCAUUAGGAACGGAUUUCGUCGUGCGCUUGAGGAAGGUCAACUUGUUGCGAAUGAAGUAUGGGAAGAUGCCAAUGAAUAG